AUGCUCUCCAGAAACUCCAUGGUAUGUUUGCUCAUACUGCUGCUGCUGCUGCUGUCUUGGCUCCUUCGCCUUGCUCGGGCCGUUGCCCAGCCCACUCCCCGCCUCGCCCGCGGCUUCGCCAGCGUCCAGGACACUCCUGCGCAGACCCUCCAGUCCGACAUCUUCAAGCCCACCAAGUACGGCGGCAAGUACACCGUCACCCUCAUCCCCGGUGACGGUAUCGGUGCCGAGGUUGCCGAGUCCGUCAAGACCGUCUUCAAGGCCGACAAUGUCCCCAUUACCUGGGAGCAGAUCGAGGUUUCGGGUGUCCAGGACAACGCCAGCCGCACCGAGGAGGCUUUCCAGCAGGCCGUUGCCUCUCUGAGGAGGAACAAGCUCGGUCUCAAGGGUAUCCUCCACACCCCCAUCAGCCGCUCCGGCCACCAGAGCUUCAACGUCGCCAUGCGCCAGGAGCUCGACAUCUACGCCUCCAUCUCGCUCGUCAAGAACCUCCCCGGCCUCCAGACCCGCCACAAGGACGUCGAUCUCUGCAUCAUCCGUGAGAACACCGAGGGUGAGUACUCCGGUCUCGAGCACCAGUCUGUCGAUGGCGUCGUCGAGUCCCUCAAGAUCAUCACCCGCGCCAAGUCCGAGCGCAUCACCAAGUUCGCCUUCCAGUUCGCCCUUGCCAACCAGCGCAAGAAGGUUACCUGCAUUCACAAGGCCAACAUCAUGAAGCUCGCCGAUGGUCUCUUCCGCGGCACCUUCAACCGCCUCGCCAAGGACUUCCCUCAGCUCGAGUGCAACGACAUGAUCGUCGAUAACGCCUCCAUGCAGUGCGUCAGCAAGCCCCAGCAGUUCGACGUCAUGGUCAUGCCCAACCUUUACGGUGGCAUUCUCUCCAACAUCGCCGCUGCCCUUGUCGGUGGCCCCGGUGUCGUCCCCGGCUGCAACAUGGGCCGUGACGUCGCCGUCUUCGAGCCCGGCUGCCGUCACGUCGGUCUUGAUAUCCAGGGCAAGGACCAGGCCAACCCUACCGCUCUCCUUCUCAGCGGUACCAUGCUCCUCCGCCACCUCGGUCUUGAUGACCACGCCAACCGCAUCUCCAACGCCGUCUACGACGUCAUUGCUCAGGGCAAGGUCCGCACCCGCGAUAUGGGCGGCGAGGCCUCCACCCACGAGUUCACUCGCGCCAUCCUCGACUCCAUGGAGAAGUCUCUCUAAAGAUACCCCGCAACGUAGGACAAGCCUUGGCCUGAAUAGAAAAAGACCAUGCGUUUAAUCCGACUGCAUCUGCGCUCAUUUCCAUCUUUCGCCUUUAAUUUACACUGUAUAACGGCCCAGCCGCCGCCGGCUGGUUGGAGAUACCACGACGGAGGUGAUUACUUGUUCUUGACCUGGACGAGUAGAUUGGGAGAGAAGGGAGCAUUCACCGUCUCCUAUUAUCCCUUGUAUUGUACGUAGAGUUGGCUAUACGAAUUCCAUUUCAUUUGUCUGCUAUAUACCGGCGAUCUUGGGGCGGGAGACAAGUCGUGCAAUUUCCGA